AUGGACUCGAGACAACAACAGAACCAUGACAAGGUUCUGGCGAAUCUGUUCAAUCAUGUUGCCCUCCCAGCGCAGCUUCCUCAGCAACAAGAUGGCAAUAUCAAUCUGGUCGAGAAAGCGCUUGUUGACCGAUUACUCAAGGCUGCCAAGACCAUGAGAGAUGCUCAAGACGGCGAGGGUUGGCACAUCUGGGACUCCCUCGGACGGACCUUGUUGCUGUGUAGACAAAUGAACAUCGGCGGAAAAAUGGAACGCAGCCAGCUGUCUUUACAAUUGAGGGACUUGCCAAAGGGCGGGCUCGUCAUCCUGAACGUGGCCGCCCAGAAUGCUGGGAUUUCCAUCUACAAGACCGUCGAACCAGAGUUUGGUGGCGACAUCCUGUUCGAGUUUUUCGAGGCUUCACCCAAACGGGAGGACGUGCUCGCGUCGCAGACGCUCCCCUGGAACUUCCCAGGAGCUGCAGUGCUCAUUCCUCAGGCUGUGUUCGAUGACGACAAGUUCCUCGACAGCCUGGCGAGUUUUCUUGAGCAAGCUUCCGUGGAAUCUACCAAGAAAUUUUCCGAAUAUGUCGCCAAAGCAGGUCGAGACGUAGCCGAAGAUCGCAACUCUCCCGACCCUUCCCUCAUCACCUCUUUUCUCAUGGCUUAUCUCGAGGCAAAUGGCAAGCGCAUGUCCCCCACGCUGCUUCUGAAAAGAGUUCGGGACGAUGUACUCUGGUUUGAUAGCGAGUCGCCAUGGCGCCGACUGCCAUACUGGCUCGUCCUUCGCGUUUCAAUCGCCCGCUACCUCGCAAUGAAGCUCGCUGCAAGUCAUGGUCGAAUCCAGUAUAAGUUCUUUACAUGUAUACUGCAUGCCACUGUGUUAAACGACACUCAACAUGUGAUCAGCCUGGAAGACCAGGCUUUCCUGAAGGCAAAGCUCUGCCGCCGUUUGUUCAAGCUCGACCAAGACCAUCUGGAGCAGCCACCAGCUUCUCAAGCAUCGUACGAGAUAUUGAUCAAAGCUCUAAGUCCUCGGUUCAACCAGUCUAUCGAGGCAGUUAUCGCCAGGAUUGAUGCAGCCUGGAGUCGCGAGAAGCUAUCGAUGGCCAAACAGAUACCUCCACUGCCAAAACAAGCUGAGAAGGAAUAUCAGCGUUUGAGUCUCCUGGCAAGUCGCGGCUACCUGGAAAAUGCCCGUACCAGAUAUCUCGCUGCACACCGUCGCAGGCCGCAUGCGCAGAGUCGACCCAAUCUUCAGGCCCCGAAGAAACACGUGCAGGAAUUCGGACAAACACUGCUCAGUGUGUUCUCCCAGGAGGAACAGAUGCGUCAGACUCUUGAAGACCUUCAGAGCUCUGUCGACUCAAACGCACGUUGCGUUCAGCUAUACAAGACGAUUAUCUCCUAUAUCGAUCACGUCGGCUCUUGCUAUGAUAACAAUACCGAGCAGAAGUCGAUGAUGCUCCUUACCAUAAUGGAGGCUUGGAUCGCCCUCGACAGAGCAGCUAUAACUCAGUUUCCGCUUCUUCGUGAUUUUCAUCCGAUCUUCCCUUCACAUCUCAUGGAUGUUCUUCAGCUUCACACACUCCAAGAUGUCACACGAGCACGGAGGGUCUCGGCUUAUCUCCAGGAGCGAGUACAGACAUGCAACAGCUCGCAUGCGACUGUUUUUGAUGAUCCUUUUAAGGGUUGCUUUGCAGAACGGUACUCCGAUGAAUACGAUAUUUCAGGUUCGCUCGCAGCCCUCAAAGAGGAGAUCGAAUCAGUUGCGGCGAGCGAAAAGGAGGAGAAGGAGGAGGAGUGGCGGGAAACAAGCGCUCAAUACGAGGCUUUGACAAAACAGAUUGACUCCGCGACUUGCCUGUAUGUGCAAUCAUCGGAUGGGUCAUACGGGACUUACCACGACAAUCGCAACUGUCCGAAGUGUCAACUCUACUACCAGAGAUCUCGCUUGAGAAUCCGCGUGUUUGAGUCACCACUUCCCAAGGAAAUUACGAUGGCCAAAGCUGUGGUGUUCGAGCUGAAUUGCCCUUCUGCUUUUGCCGCAUACCGAGCCGCUACCUGGAAAAUUCUGUCGCAUCUGGCGAUUGAGACCCAAGACGUCGGGACCAAACCCAAGGUCUGCAUAGAAGAAUACUCCGAGCUGCAGCAUUUCUACUCGACGGCGCGUAGAUCAUACAGUGUUACUCUAGCCUCCACGGCCAAGUCCUUCCUGAUGACGCAUUGGGCAACCAAGAGCUUCCCAGUCGAGUUGGACCAAGUGUGCCUCCCGAACGGCCUGCGUCUUGGGUACUAUGACAAGACGUCAUGCUCUUGGCCCGGACGCAAGAACCUUCGUGCCUCGUUCGCACACCACUGCAGACUUUCCCUUCCGAAAUCGUCUCCAUUCGCAUCGAUGCUAGAAUCUCGAAGUUUUGCCGUGGACGGAAAUGGACCUUCCUCUUACGAAAUCGUGGCAUCUCAAUCAGCUUGCCCGUCGGGAAACAAUCCACAUGAGUACAUGGCCGUCCAGGGUCUUUUGUCUGGCAAGUGCCGACGCUGGAUAAACAUCCUCAGAGAGCUCGGCUCAUCUAACAUCAACUUGAGCACGGAAUCCGCAGUAUUGUUGAUGAGCCAUCUGGCUCUUCAGUGCGGUCCCUGGACCCCUUCGGAGGCAGAAGGCGCUCAUUACCUCGGCGUCGUUCACUCCGUUUUCCGGGAUGCCCCAUUCUGCAAAGCAAUGUUGCAGCAGCUCACUCAAAAGUUAGAGAACAUCGCCUUCAAUUGGCGCGAAACACAUCUCAUGGAAAUUAUCAUUUUGCUGAUUCUGCGACUCGUUACGCUUCUGAGACCAUUCGACGAGAUGAACGACCUCAGUUUUGACGCGUUGCGCGUCCUUGCCAGGGCCAGAGAAAUCACAUUAGGCUGGGUGAGGAUGCUCCGUAAGGAAACCUACAGCACGAGCGACUCCAGCAUGGCACAGAACUGUCAGUCAUACCUCCUGUGGGCCGCGCUCCUUUGCAAGCGUACAUAUGGAUCAUACCUCGCGUCCGCCGGCGCUUUGAUCGAUGGAGACUCGCUUGCAUCGUUGUGCGAGUGCCUAGCCACUGUGUUUGACAACAUUCCCGACAACAUCAAAAGUUUAGGGCCAACCUUGACAAGCUUGUUCGUGCGAGACUUGCGGAUGAUGUAUGAUUUACGAAUUCAGAUUCGAGAUUCGAUUCAAGCGUGGGGUGAGCGUGCCUUACUCACCGCAUUGCACAAUCUGUGGCCUGCCUCCCGGUCGAAAGACGCCCAGGCUAUCAUCUGCAAGGAGGACUGUUGGGUAGAGUUGGAGCUUAUUGAUGUUCACGAACAAGGGGUACAAGUGGUGGGCUUCAACUACAUGUUCGGUAAUUUGCUUGUUGAAGGGCAACCUCUGGGCAAAUUGCCAACGGAUCCCCAAUCAAUGGUUAUCCUCGAGGAGCUCUUUGGAAGCCAAACGAGCCUCAAAAAAUACCCAUCAUCUAGCCCUGGAAUGACCCACGCCUUGACGAUCGAAAUGGAAGGAUUUCAAACCCACAUAGGAUACGACAGUGGAGCGACCAUCAUUCGUGCCAUCAAAGGCUCGCAGGUUUUAGAGCUUGUACCAAGAGAUGUUUUCAUAGGCAAGCACAUCGAUCUUCCUGCCAGUCUGAUCGUCGAUUGCGUCCAUUGGCUUGACAUGACAACAGGGAUUCUUGAGAUCCGACCGAAGUCGUGGAACUUCUGGCGAUCGCACCCACACAACUGGAAGCUCAACAUCGAAACAUCCGUAUGCUCACGCACAACUUUCAGUAAAGCAAAAGAGACUCUGAUCGAUACCUAUUCCCCGUUGUUCGGCCGGGUGGCAAAGAUCUUCGAGGACUUCGAACUCCCAAGGAACUUGACCAUCUAUCAGCCAGAACGGCACUCCUUGACGGUGGAGAUGCCACGAAUGCAGCUGAGGUGGCAUGUCAACGAUAACCAAAUGCUGCAGUGCCCACACUUGUCGGCGCAAAUUGACCCCCGCCAGUCGGUUGAUACAUGGUAUGGUCUGGACAGCAAAUUGGUACUAACAAGUAUCAAAAAUCCCACUGAACGCUUCAUCCUCGUGCCCCUUGGAAGCUUUCAAGUCGCCAAACGAGGCUGCCAUGUCCAAGUGGUGGUAGAUCUGUCCCAAGUUCGUGGCCAUUACCUCCGCUUCUCAGUCAACGCGACUCUCGGACGAAUCGACUGUGGUUCGGAACCUGUCUUGUUCUACAAAAAGGCUGAGAUCCAUGCCUUGACAAGCUUCAUCUUGCCAGAUCCUUUGACGGGGCUGACUGGUACAGAGAGUGCAAUGCGCAUCUUGACUUCCGGGGUGUGUCAGCCCUGGGCGCCCCUCGCAGCUUCACAGCUAGGGGUCCUGAGCUGCAUUGCAAAAUUAUCCCCAAGACGAGAAUACUAUCCAGAAGAUCGCAAGGUGAUGAAGAAGGAGUUCUGGGUCAACCAGCUGCCUGUGCACUGCCAGAGGGAUGAGUACCGCAUCAUUGUUGAUCGCAUAAUCUCACAAUCUACGGGACUCAGCAAGUUCUAUCCCGAAGCAAACGACCUCGAAACUCAGUUAUGGUCUUCACCAGGCGACUCUCAUCUCAAUUUGCGAUCUCUUCAUCGACGCCAGCUCUAUGCAAGGCCCGGUUACAGCGAAAUAAAAUGUGCACCUUGUGGUGAAAUCCUGUAUGUGGCUAGGGAUAGUCCUCGCCCAGGCAGCUUGAGGUACACCAACGUACUCGAAACAGUCAGUCUCAUUCGCGACAAACCUAGUUCUAUGACUACUGUACGCGACCUUGCAAUGAAUCUUUCGCAGUCUCUCUCGAUAAAAGGCUAUGCCCAGGAUUUCAGCAAGAUCACUCUGAGUGAUCGCCUCCUUGUGGAUGUGCGUCAAGAAUGGGGCCCACUCGUCAACGCUGUGAAGAGCGCACCAGAUGGGUACAACCUGAUGUACCUGUUGGGGUUGGUUUCCUUCAAAUCCGAUGCGAAUAUGGCACUGAUCAAAACACUCAUCGCGUGGGCGAACUGGGAUCAACUCAAGUCUUUGGAUGUACCCGAGUUCAGCGAGUAUUGCAGCUUCCGUCCGCAUCAACUUCCUCAACUGGAUGUCCUUGUAAAGCUCAUCGAACCAUUUCGAACUCCGCCCCCCGAAGACCCUCCUCUCUUCGAGUUCGCCAGCAGUAAGGACCAGAGAAAGCUCUGGCAAUCUCGAAAGGAACACGAACGGAGGGCAGAUGCAGAUUGCAGAAAGCUCGCGCAGUUCAUUGUUCAGCAGUGGCCGACUUCAGUGGAGCCAGAUAUCACAGGACUCCAGGGAUCCCUCUUGAUAGACGUUCCAGUCGCUCUUGAGUCGACUCGCUCGGAAUGGCGAAGGCUGUACUACAAUCAUGAGUUCCACCUUCAUCUCAAAGAAGUGCAGCAGAUUCUCGACCGCCGCCACUCGAACAGCUCUUGGACGUGUCCCGAGUUCGUGGCGUCUGAGGCUACAUUCUCAACAUCGCAACGGAAGAAUUACCGGAUACCCAUGCUUGAAGAUGAGUUGAUGAAGCUGCCCGGGCCAAGGGCGCCAAGCACCGCGAGGUCCGAUGGAAUAGUCUUCAAGCGCAACCUUGUUGUACAAACUUUGUGGCAGGGGCCGCCUCGCAUGACGGCAACGAUGGAUGGCUCUCAGGAGCUGGACCAUAUUGUUGACUACUUUUCGCAGUCCGAAUCAUCGAUUCAUACGCGAUAUGCUGCUGACCUGAAAAGGAGCCUGGCCGCUUUGAAGGCUCAGAAACCCGACGUCCGUCAGGCGCAGCCCGCUGCAUCACUGCCUGGCGCUGGUGAGAGAUGCCAGGCAAAAGUCAGCCGAUGCUUUGACGCAAUCCGGUCCGCUCUGGAAACGGCGAAUGAGUCCUUUUCGCAGAGGCAGGUAAACUGGCUCCAUCAGGGCCAACUCUGGCCGGCUGUGACGCGGGUCACCGUCUUGGAGCAGCUUAGAUCAGCAGUGAACCGCCAGUUCGGUUCGGGGAUGAAAGAGAGUAUCAUUCGACUUGGUCUCUCGAUCACCGAGUGGCAGCGGGAGCUCAGGAUUGAAGCUUAUCGACGCUCACAAGAGACAGCACGUCUCGAAGAAGAGCAAAACAAUGUUGGCCAUACCAACUGGAAAGUGGAAGAGACUCCGGACUGGCUCCUGCUCGAGAUUGAAUCGAACUUACUUAUCCGUGAAAAGCAGGUCGAAGUUGCACAGGCAAUCAUCGCUCCAACAUCCGGUGCUUCCAGUGUGCUCCAAUUGAAUAUGGGAGAAGGCAAAACGUCGAUCAUUAUCCCUCAAGUCGCCGUCCUCUUGGCGGAUGGUAAGAGUCUUGUCCGUGUCUCUGUACCCAGGGCUCUUCUACAGCAAACAGCUCAACUACUUCACGCGCGACUGGGUGGUCUGGUUGGUCGAGAAAUCAGCCACGUGCCCUUUUCUCGAAGAACAUCAACCAAAGAAGACCAAGUCAAAUUGUACCAAAGACUUCAUCGCGAGAUUCUCAAGAAAGGCGGAGUCAUGCUGUGUCUUCCGGAGCACCAAAUGUCUUUCAUGCUGAGUGGACUUCAGCGCAUCUUGGACAAGAGAAUUCCCGAGGCUAAUAUGAUGGUUCGUGUGCAGAAAUGGCUGCAAUCAUGUGCACGCGACGUAUUGGACGAGUGUGAUCACACAUUAGCCGUCAAAACGCAACUCAUCUACCCUUCUGGAUCUCAAUUGGCCGUUGAUGGUCAUCCUCAUCGAUGGUUGGUAGUCCAACAGCUUCUCGGUCUCGUGGACAUGCACCUCUUCGACCUGGCAGAUGGGUUUUCUCGCUCAGUUGAAGUCGUGAGACGCCCACAAGGGGGCUUUCCGUUCGUGUUUUUCCUCCGGCCUGAUGUGGAGGAAGAACUCGUCAAGCGACUCACAUAUGACGUCUGUCGGGGUGCUCGCGGGAUCAUCCCUAUCGAUUCUCUAGAACAAGGCGACCGCCUAGCCAUCAAGGAAUACCUCUCAGGUGGAAAGGUCCGGCCUGCCAGUAUCGAACGCAUCAGUAAGAUGUGUCCCGAUCGUCCUCAUAUCCGUCAAGUGGUUUAUCUUCUGAGGGGUCUGUUCGUUCACCGCAUAUUGGUUAUGACCCUGAAGAAGAGAUACGGCGUCCAAUACGGAAUCCAUCCUUCGAGAGACCCGGUGGCGGUCCCAUUCCAUGCUAAAGGCGUACCAUCGGAGCAAUCCGAGUUCGGGCACAUUGAUGUCGCGAUACUACUAACGUGUCUUGCUACAUACUACGGAGGUAUCAGUAUAUCGCAAACGCGUCAAGCUCUAGAAGGCAUUCUGAAAUCCGACGACCCUGCUUCGGAGUACGACAAGUGGGCUGAAGAUGAGAACUUCCCGGAAUACCUCAGGGAUUGGCAUUCCAUCAAUGUUGACGAUCCCCAGCAAAUGACCCAGAUCUGGAACUGCGUGCGAUACAAGGUCCUGGUGAUUGACUACUACAUGAACAACUUUGUGUUCCCUUACCAUGCCAAGCAAUUUCACAACAGGCUGCAAUCUAAUGGCUGGGAUAUUCCGCUGUUUUCUCCCACACAAGUCGACCGGCCGGCCAAGGGAGGACCCCUGAAGAGAGCAAGGGGCUUGACAACUGGCUUCUCUGGUACAAAUGAUAUCAAACCUCUCCUACCUCUGACCAUCAAGCAAGACGAUCUACCUUCCCUUUUGGGCACGAAUGCCGAGGUGCUCACGUAUCUACUACACGAGCGAUCGAGAAGAUACCUGGUCUUGGCUGACAUGCAUCAGAAGCGUCUCACUGAGAGGGGGGUCCUUCAGAUGCUUAGAAGAACCAACAUUCGAGUAUUGAUUGAUGCUGGAGCUUGUAUCCUUGAGUACUCCAACUUAGAGUUGGCCAAGGAAUGGUUGAAAGUGGAUGGCCGAGCAACAGUCGCGUUGUACUUCGAAGGAGAUCGCCCGUUUAUCCUUUCCAAGCAAGGCGUCAAGACUCCCUUGCUUGCCUCUCCAUAUGCUGAUAACCUUCAAGAGGUCCUUGUUUAUCUCGACGAGGCGCACACGCGUGGGACAGACCUCAAGUUUGCGCCCAAAGCCCGUGCUGCUCUGACACUAGGCCUGGGUCAGACGAAAGACCACACUGUGCAGGCCGCGAUGCGAUUGCGUCAACUAGGCACGACGCAGUCGGUGACAUUCUUCGCUCCACCCGAAGUCAACCAAAGCAUUCGCGACUUCCGCAACAAGAAAGAUGACGAUUUAGUAGACUCGAGCGACGUCAUAUAUUGGCUCAUCAACAACACUUGCGACGGCAUUGAGCAGCUACAGCCUCUUUACUACUCGCAAGGAGUGGAUUUUUGCAACCGAAUGCAAGCGGCAGAGGACUCUCCCGACUUCCUUGUUGAUAGCGAACAGAGAGCUAUGUAUGUGCAUGCCAUUAGACAGACGGAGCGGCAGACAUUGCAACAGCUUUACGGGCCUCAGACCAAGACGAAGGCCAACACGGCUUCGAGAUCAAACCCCAAGCUCGCUGAGUUCUCGAAAGAGCUGGAGACACGAAAGAAAGCCUUUCAAGACACGGGACAAGCUGUGCAUGCGUCGGCUUUGCAGGAGGUCGAACAGGAAAGAGAGACUGAGCGCGAGGUUGAGGCGGUUCGCCAAGUCAAGAAGCCUCCGGUAUAUCAACCAUACAGCUUCCCUGGACUUCAUAGAGACCUCGAGACUUUCGCUAGGACGGGUAGAGUGCCAGCAGGCUCGGACACCUUCGUUCCCAUUUUCACGGCCCUCGCAAGGACUGGCCUCGGAAAGAAGCACAAAGUCAACCGCACCAUCGGCUCCUCGCAGUUGUUUAUAUCGACAGAGUUCGAAAAGACUGUCAAGUUCGUGAUUGAGUCUGCCAAUGACAAUUUCAUGCGGCCGGUUCAGUGGACUUUGUACUGUGCGCACCCGGAAGCAGCAAUUGUUGUGACCCCCGAGGAAGCAGAAUGCUUGAUUUCGCUCAUUCGAAAGAACCAGGGAAAUGGCAUUGACCAGAUUGUACACCUUCUUACGUACGCCGCCCCAGUCACACGGCGUAUGAUGCAAUUCAACCGUCUGGAUUAUUAUGCUAUUCCAAGUCUCCCAACUCGCUGGCGUGCUCCGAACUGGCUCUCAACUGAGCUCGGCUUCUUCGCCGGCAGGCUGUAUUUUGAAUGGGAGGAGUAUGACGGUAUCUGCAAGCUCCUCGGCAUCGAUGAAAUCAAGCCCUUGACUGAGGAGUCGGGAAGCUCAGAGGGUGAUUCGACAACAGAGAACGGAACUACUUCCGCUAUUGACAGCAGCACUGAGGCAAGUUCUCAUGCUGUUAGCGAUGCCCAGGAAAGCAACGCCAAGCCUAUUGUCCACCGACCAAAGACCGCCCUCUCUGGGCUUACCCCUAAGCCGUACACGUUCACGCAGGAAUACCUUUCUGUCCGACGUCGCGGUCAGGAAUUCUCUCACACGCCCAUGGGCUUUCUUGUAAGUGGCAAGCCACUAAACGAGAACCACCCGUUUUUCCGGGCACGGGAAGCGAUUCAACGCAGCAAAAAUCUUGCUCCUGUGGCCUCGGCUCAGGUUGAUGGAGUAGAGGAUGAUGUGGUCAUCGGGGACGUGAUGGACAUGGGAGACUACGAUCCCGCGGCGGAGCUCAAAGACCACGAGGCGCAUGAUGAGAUCCAGUACGACGAAUCCGAGUUCCGAUGGCGACACCAAAGCGGUUCCGACGGAUCUGACACGGAACCCGAGAGCUCGGGUAAGGGAGAAGGACGAAAAGCAAAUUCCAAACGCAAGUAG